UGUAACAACUGCGGCUACCAUCUCGUCAGUAACAGGAUGCCGGAUAUACAGAAUUUACCUUUAGACUUAACACCUUGCCUGUCUAAGAAGGAAUUUGAUAAUGGGAACACACCAAACGAUGGAGACAGCGAUCCCAAUGAAGGCUUCUCCUACGAGCACAUGGCCAUUUCUCUUGUCUUCCUCCGCUGUCUCAGGAAGCAGCUGCCCAGCUUUGAACUUCGGUCCGAGUACGACGCUGCAGGCAAAUUCGACGACGUCGUCGUUGAGUGGAAAUGUACCAGAAAUGAUGGAAGUGUUGGCAGGUACAAGUUACUCGUGCAGUUGAAACACAAGACGUCGCCUGAUUUUCAAGAGCUCAAAGAAGCCCAUUUCUUUUCAUCUACUUACGCAGAAAAGGGCUUCAACAUUGAGAAGUACUACGAAUCUUUUAAAGAGAUUAAGGGGAGUCUGAACGGCAGGCAAUAUGCGCUAGUGCUCUCAACUAACGCCUCCCUGCAUGAAAACGCGAGGUGUUUUUUUAGGGAGCCAGAGGCGAGCUCAGUCGUGGGGGAGGCAGACCUGUUAGAGACGGGCGGUGAGGCGAGCUCAGUCGUGGGGGAGGCAGACCUGCUACAGACGGGCGGUGUGGUGUACCAACUGAACCCAGACAACGAGAGGACUUAA